AUGGCUUCCCCAGCCCUCGACCAUCUGAUCCUCUUCGUCCCAGUUGAUCCAGAAACGAAUCUUCCCAAAGUACCAACUUUCUUCGCUAAGAACUUUACCCUCACGCCAGGUGGUGUGCAUGCCGAUGGAAUAACAUCAAACACGCUCAUCCUGUUCGCAGACGGCUGCUACAUCGAACUCAUCAGCUUCAUUGAUCCUCCGAAAGCUGCCUCCCACUGGUGGGGUCCAGAUGCAAGUUUUGUUGGCUGGAAAGAUUGGUGUCUUACCAAUUCUAAAACUCCGGAAGAAAACUACAAUAGCAUCAAGGAGACACACGACAAGCCGGUACAUGGCGGACGAAAGCGCGCUGAUGGCGUUGACGUGAAAUGGGCAGUCACGUUUCUGAAAGGCGAGAACGGAGGCCAGAAAACACGAGGAAGGAUACCAUUCUUCUGUCACGACAUCACGCACCGCAGUACUCGUGUACCGCUGUCAAAAGAGAAUACCACGCAUCCGUGCGGUGCAUUGGGUAUCACACAACUCUCAAUUAUCGCACGAGACCAAGACUUCCUCGAUGAGACGAAGAAGGCUUUAACUUCACUCCUGGGCGAGGUAGAAUUGGGAGCGCCUUCUUUCCGGGCUGCGAGGGUGCGUGAUGUGGAGGGCUUAGACAGUGGAGCUAAGAUUGCGGUGCGUUUACCGCAUGGCGAGGAAGAGACCGAGACCGUGACCACGACAGGCUUUUGGUUCGGGGACAUAUGUCUGGGUGUUCAGGCGACUGGCGAACAUGAGCCUGGAACGAAAAUGAGGCUGGAUCUCGAUGCCGAGGAUGUGAGAGGCGUAUCGCUCGAGUGGGUUUAG